ACUGAGAGAGAGAGAGAGAGAGAGAGAGAGAGAGAGGAGAGGGGGGGAAUGGAGGGGAGGAGCGUCCCCGUGCGGAGGCCCCACGCCUCCACCUCCGACCUACUCGCGUGGCCGGAGAAUCCGCCGCCGAUCGCCCCCGCCGCCGCCGCCGCAGCCAAGCGGAUGGGAGGGAUCAGCCCGGUGAUGUUCGGGGCCCCGAUGACCGAGGAAGAGGCGGAGAGCGUCAGCAAGAGCUGUGCCACGAAACCUUGCUCUGUCUCGAAGUUGAGGGAGAUGACUGGCAGUGGUAUCUUCGCUGCCAACGGCGAAAAUGGUGAAUCAGAGACUGAUUCUUCUCUUUCCAAUCCUGAUAAUAAGACAGCUUUGCGAAUGUAUCAGCAAGUGGUGAGCGCAAUCAGCCAGAUCUCAUUUGGUUCCGAAGAGAGUGUUCCGCCAAAGAAGCCAACCACACUAACUGAGGUAGCGAAGCAGCGAGAGCUAAGCGGGACUCUCGAGGGAGAAACCGAAGCUGAAAUCAAGAAGCAGAUUUCAGAAGCAAAAAGCAAGGAACUUAACGGGCACAACAUCUUCAGCCCUCCUCCUGAGAUUCCUAUAAGACCAUUAGCACCACGGAAUCUGGACUUAAGAGGCCACUUGGAUUUUGCGCUUCACCACUCUAAGAACAUUUAUACUUCUGCCGAAGUAUCAUAUCGAGCUGGAGAUCUGAGUGGCGUCAUCUCCAACGAAGAGACCGCAAUAAAGACAGCUAAGAAAAUUCAUACGCAAAAGUUUCAAGAUCUAACCGGCAACAAUAUUUUCAAAGGAGAUGCACCCCUCGGGUGCGCCGAGAAAAUGCUAAGCACGGCGAAGUUGAAAGAAAUUAGCGGCAGCAAUAUCUUCUCCGACGGGAAGGCUGCCGCCCGAGAUUAUUUUGGUGGUGUCCGGAAACCCCCUGGCGGGGAGAGCAGCAUCGCACUGGUUUAACCAAUUUACGAAAUAUGACAACAACAUACAAGUACACUGGGUGGGUAUGUUUAUACAGAUUCAUUUGCAGACUUGUUAUGUAACAUGCUUGUUGUUGCUUACAAACGUCGACCGUCACGGAAAGCGUGUUAUUUGAAUGAUUUCUGACGAAUUUUCUUUCGAAUCUUAUAUUUGGUGGUGUUGAUUCUGGACUCUGAGGCGAAUAUGAGAUGUUGUGGCAGCAAAUUGUUAAUUUUCAUGGUUUCAGUAAUUAGAAGUGUUUCUAGUUUCUCUUUUA